AUGGUUAUACAUUUGAGAGAGAAGAUGAAGGAUGAAGGCUUGCUCAGUGCUUCUGCAAGAGAGCGAGUAGUGAUAUGGUUAAAAAAUUUUCCGUCGAAACUUACUUUUCUAGCGAAUGAUUUGGAUAAUGGCUUUCUGAGAUCCUGUGGGUUGUGGGAGUUCAUACAAUGUUACAAUUACGAUGCUAUUGAAGCCUUGGUAGAAGAGGCAUUGCCAAAGCCAACACCAAGUCGGAACUCAUCGAAGAUUACCCGAGCAACUGAAAGGAGGAGGAGCAGGAUUAAUGGCAACACAAAGUCGUUCCAAAAUCUAAUUCCAAAUUCAAACAAGACGAACAAGGCUUCAAUGCUGGAUGAAGCAAUUGAGUACCUCAAGCAGCACCAACUUCAAGUACAGGUUUGCACUUUUUCUGUUUUGUGGAAAAUAAAAGAAAACGAUAGAAGUCUUGCCUUGUGUGCACUUGUCGGGUUUCAUAAUCUUACUGGCAGGCUAUUCAUGGCAUGA